CAUUGUAAUACCGUAAAGUAUCUCACCUUUUUGACAUGAUUGUCUCGUGAUAAAAUGACAUAAUCAACGCACGCGUGCAUGAUUUUGUAAUUGCUAAAAUUCAACUAAAUUUCACUUUCCUUUUUGACAGGCACUAUUACUAAACUAGUUUGAGUAAUCACGAUUCUACGAAAAGCGGAAUUGGGAAUUGAUACUUCAGUCGUUUCAGCUAAAACUCGUCAUUGUCUGCAACAUCCGUAGGAUCUGCUUUCAAAACCUUCCUUUCUUCUUUAUCCGCCAUUAUUCAUUGAAUGCACUCGAAUAACUAUUACAAUAUGGAAUGUUUUCUCAGAGUUCGUCACACAUUGUGAAAACGCCUACGCGUGUAUCGACUCUAGCUUUUAACCUGUGAAAUAUUCGGUGCAUGAGUAUGACAAGCGAUGACAUGCAAAACACAUUGUUUUCAACAGAAUGUGUAUUACACCACACCGCUGGCAUUGUAACGACUAUCUCGAUUUUAAAUGCAGAACUGCAAACUGCUAAUUUGAAGAGGCUCUGGAACAAGAAACGACGACUGCGCAGCUGUAAGAAGAUCACGUGACUAAACACAGCAGACGACAAACUCUGUUGUCAUUUUCUGAAAUCGCGAUUAGAACGAUCUCCCAAGCCAGCCAUCGUACGUGCAAAUUGAUGCUCAUCGCAGACGAUUUUCGACUACGACGAUGAAUUCGCUUCUGCUAGCCGUGCAGGCGAACGAUGUUGGUGAAAUCCAGCGUCUCCUGACAUUUUCUCCCAUUUGUCGUAAGCUGGUCAACUACCAGGCCCCUCAGAGCCACGAAACACCUCUUUUCGUCGCCAGUGUACGGGGUUACACCGGCGUGGUACGUUGGCUGCUCAACCGGGGAGCUCGGGUAGACGUGACGACUAGCUGGGGUGCGUCGGGACUCCACGCUGCGGCUGAGAGGGGCCACGAUUCGAUCAUCAAACUUCUUCUCGAGCAGAAAGCACCCAUUAACACCCAGACACAGUAUGGAGACACUGCUCUUCAUCUAGCAGCUUUUAGAGGUCACCAUAGGGUCAUCUUACUCCUCCUCGCUGCCGGGAUAGACACUACGAUCAUCAACUCGAAGGGGAGGACCGCCGUGGACGAAGCGGAGAUCGCCGGCCAUCACAUCAUCUCGAAGCGGCUGAGAUACGAGAGACUCUCGCGAUCAAGUGAAGAUCCGAAUAUGGAUGAGAGGAGGCUUGCUCCGUUGGGUUCUAUGCGAACCGAGCUGCUUCAAAACACCCCACAUCAUUCAGGCACGGCCGCGUGGGUAGACAGGAGUGCAGCAGCCAUUGUACCCUGUUACCCUCCUCAUGAUUUCGGGUUUGAUGUCGAGAAAUACCAUGUCCAAACGUCCAGCCCUGGUCAACUGGACACUCAAGCUCGUACGAAAGACUGGGUUAUAAACUCUUCACCUGUACCGAAUAAAACGUCUUCCACCUUCCAAGGAUCACAGCCAAAGGUCCGAUUCAUCGGCGACGAGGUAGAUGGAACGGAGGUCGUGUUCGCAUGUCCUGCCCCAGUGACGCCGUCUAACACAGGCUCAAAGGUGAAACCGAUGAACGUAUCAAGGCGGAAGGCCGCCAUGCUGAAAGACAUCGGAAAAAGCCAUUCCUGUGAAGGAAUCUGCAUGGAAACGAAGAUUCCUUGCGAAACGAUAUUACCAGAGGUUGAUGACGUCGCCGCGAGACCGCAUGGACGAUGUCGACGCGUCAACAGUCUUGAACGCGCCGUUGAGGAGCUGCAGGACGAACUCCGAGAUACUCGCGAGGAAAUGGCGCGCGCCAAAGCCGACAUCACUGACAUUCAAGACAUGAUGAGGUUAUGCUGGGCUCGCGGUGGAGGAGCCGUGAUCAGUGAUCGCGGCGCUGCAUCAGAAGCACCAAUGAUAGGCCAACGAUACAUCAUUAGUCCUAGUGACGCUACUAACCCAUUUGAAUCAAGAAGGCAUUCCGGUCCGUUUCAGAUAGGCCGUAGUAAAGAAAUACCUCAAUACGAUGCCGAAUGCAUGUCAGAAUAAGAUUCUUAAAUGAUGAUAGUCUUCCCUUGUCACAUCAUGAGAGUGGAAAGCGGAAACCAUGGCAACGACAUUUUGUUCUCGGAAAACAAUAAUUCGGGAAAUCACUUUGAACCUUGGUUGCUUUCUUGCUCGAAACAUUUCAAGCUCGAUCAUUUCCUAACGAGAGCUGGUUAAUGACGUAUAACAUCUAACAUGGCGAUUAUUGUUUCUUUCAUACUCCUAAUGAACUGUAAUUACUUUUAAUGUACUUUUACUGCUUGUAAUGCUUCUUCUUUAUAUGUUCAAAUAACGAAGAAUUAUUCUUGAUAAUAUAUAUGUUAUCAUAUUAUAUAUAGAGAGAUUUAUUAUGUUAUCGUGAAAUGUAAAUUUGCAUUAUGACUAUGUGGACAUUUUGUCAGAUUGUGUUGUACAUAUCCUUUUACUUGAACUAUAUAUAUGUAAAUACAGAGAGAUUAAAGUUAAGGUUUUCAAAUAAAAAAA